AUGGUGGUCACCCAUCUGGAGCUGGAGCUGUGCUACCAAGGGAAGAAGCUGAGAGGCUUCACCUGUAAGCUGACCCGCUCCCCCUAUGGCUACUUGCCUGAGAGUGCCUGGCUCAUCGCAGCCCAGAUCCUACUGCCCUUCCUGGUGGCCGGCCUGGGCAUGGUGGCGGCGGGCAUAGUCAUGGACGUGGUGCAACACUGGGAGGUGUUUAAGGAGAUCACAGAGGUGUUUAUCUUGGUGCCAGCCCUGGUGGGACUGAAAGGCAACCUAGAGAUGACACUGGCAUCCAGACUGUCUACAGCAGCUAACACUGGGCAGAUGGAUGACCCGAAGCAGCAGUGGAGGAUGGUGUGUAGCAACUUGGCUCUUAUUCAGAUCCAGGCAACAGUGGUGGGUUUCCUAGCUGCGGUAGCCGCAGUGGGUUUGGGUGCGUUGACCAGGGGUCGUGUAGACUUUCUACAGGCUGCUGUCCUAUGUGGCAGUAGUGUCACGACAGCCUUUGUAGCUGCCCUGUCCUUGGGACUAGUGAUGGUGGGAGUGAUCAUUGGCUCCAGGAAGGUGGGCAUCAACCCUGACAAUGUGGCCACACCCAUCGCCGCCAGCCUGGGUGACCUCAUCACCCUCUCUCUGCUGGCCGGGAUCAGCAGCUUCCUCUUCAGGUUCAAAGAGAUGUGGUACCUGCCUGUGCUGUUGUGUGGCUUCUUCCUGGUUCUCAUCCCGCUGUGGGUGGUCAUUGCCCGGCGCUCUCCUCCAAUUAGAGAGGUCCUGAGGUCUGGGUGGCAGCCCGUCAUCGUAGCCAUGUCCAUCAGCAGUAUCGGAGGCCUUAUUCUGGACAAGACCGUGAGCGACCCGAACUUUGAGGGCAUGGCGGUGUUCACCCCAGUAAUCAACGGUGUGGGAGGUAACUUGGUGGCCAUCCAGGCCAGCCGAAUCUCCACCUACCUCCACUACUGGAGCAUGCCUGGGACCCUGCCCUCCAAGAUGGCACAACACUGGCCUGGCCCCUGCCUGACCUUCUGCUCCUCAGGGGUCAACUCCAAGUCAGCCAGAGUUCUGGUCUUCCUGGUGGUUCCGGGUCACCUGCUCUUCCUCUACACCAUCCACUUACUGAAGGGCGGCCAUGGUGCCCUCACGUCUGCCUUCGUCUGCCUUUACCUGUGUGCAGCCCUGCUACAGGUGGUGAUUCUGCUGUACACGGCUGACCUGAUGGUGCGCUGGAUGUGGCGGCGGGGGCUGGACCCGGACAACUACUCUAUCCCGUACCUCACGGCUCUGGGGGACCUGUUGGGGACCGGCUUCCUGGCCCUGACAUUCAGAGCCGUUCUAUUGGGCAUUUCCUCUGGGAUGAAGGGGGUUUGA